AUGAGAGCUGUACUGGCAGCCACCGCCCUCUUGGCAUACAGCACCGUUUCGACCUUUGUCAUUCCAAUCAAACUAGCCGCUGUGUCCAAUGUCACUGCAGGAGGAGCUGUUCUCGAACAAAAUACUCAGAGCUAUUUCGUCACGAACAUCACUGUGGGGACGCCGCCGCAGUUGUUCACAGUGAUCGUCGAUACUGGAUCAGCAGAUUUUUGGAUUCCUGACAGUUCCUGUACAACAUGCCGUAACAAAAGGCUUUUCGGCAGAAGUCACAUCAACUAUCAAAAUUUUGCAAAAUGGUCAGCUGCUAAUGCAAUCAUUUUAGUCAGAAUUCUUCGUCGUACAGCAAAAUAUCACCUCGCCACCAACGAUGCAAAUGCGAUCGUCAUUCCCUCUACCGUAAUGGGGCAGGUCAACGAGAUGCCGGCUGCCGUCUCGGCUUUGAAAGGUGUUGAUGGAGUACUCGGCUUGGCUUUCCAGUCCAUUGCCAACGACAACACGAUACCUCCAUUCAUCAGAGGAGUUGCACAAGGUGAUAUUGCUCAAUCGGUUUUCUCUAUUUGGUUAGAAGAGCAAUGGCAGACAUCGGAUAAUGGUACUCAUGGUGUCAUUUACUAUGGAGGCUAUGAUCUCGUCCACUGUCGUCCUGACCGUGGAUCCGUACACCUGUCAGCUGCCGGCCUUUACCAAUUCACACUGUCAAAUUUUUACAUAAAUGGUUUGGGAGCAGCUAAGAGAAUCCAGACCACGAUCAUGUCUUCAUCCCCCUACAUCAAAGUUCCAUCCGCUUUAUUCAUGCAAAUUUUGUCUUCCGUCAAUGUGAACUACGAAACUCCGCUUCCUGCAAAGGUGGAUUGCAACGUGAAACUCUCGCUAGGAUUCGAUGUUGGUGGUAGUUUUGGAUACUUGCCGGUGACUGAAAGAAAUCUGAUUCUGAGCAAUAACGAUGGCACCUGUACGUUGGCGGUGAUGCCGACAGAUGCGAGUGGCUUCGACAUGGGUCAAAACAUCGAAUUGGGCAUUCCGUUCCUACGUGGGCGCUGUACAUAUUUUGACACUAGCCUUCAACGGCUCGGAUUCGCCGAUGCUAUACAGCACUGA